CGUUUCACCCUCAGAGGCGAGAAACUCCCGAACUCGGUGUGAUGGAUUACAUCAGAUUUACGGACGGUCUUUUAUGACCUCAUAAAACAUGUCGAGGCGCCGGUGAAAGGGCCGAUUAGUGUUGGACCGACGGUAAGAAGUUUAAAUCUUUCAACUCGGCACACCACCCAAAGUUUUUCACGGCGUAGUUUUUUUUUUUGUAAUCUGCAGGUUUCUAAAGACUUACACCUUUCCUAACACCCUCCGCAAGUUCUUGUUUCUGUUUCAGAUGUGACUUUUCUCAUCCCUUCUUCCCUCCCCCAUCUUUCUUUCCACGAACUAACCAACCCGUCACACCUCAAUUUCUUCAUUCUCUUCAGCUAUUCUCUAUCUUCCUGUACUCCCUCUGUUCAUACCCCUCCCCUCUCCCCUCCCCUCCCCUCCUGUCAUGUCUGUAUCCAUGAGGAACCCCCCCCAGCGCCGGCGCUCUCUGGCUCCUGUCUCACCCAAACGCUUAUAUAGAAAUCUGUCCGUCAGACUGAGGGGAGGAGAGUCAUCUGUCGCUGGGGAAAUGGACGCACCCAAGCACCUCAGCAAGUCUGCGGAUACUUACAAGACCCUUUGGGAGGCAGUGGAAAAUGAGGAUACUUUGGCUGUACAAAGCCUGCUGUCCAGAGACCACACCAGCUGUGUAGGAGGAGGAGGAGGAGGAGGAGGUGGAAGCCUGUGGGAGAGAGGAGAGAAGAAGGAAAGGGACUGGGAGAGAGAGAGGGAGAAGGGGGUGAACAGGGUGAGCGAGCAGGGCCUGGUCCCCCUGGACGUAGCGACCCUUACUCACAAUUCCCCUCUCCUCCACGUGUUGACAAAGGCAGGAGCCAGGCAUAACCCCGCUUUGUGCCAACCAACAGAGUGGGCACUUAAGCUGGAUGCGCUGGUGACACUGGCAGGUAAACGAGUGGAGGAGAGGAAGAGGGAGUUAAUGAGGAAGACGGCGACAGGGCCUCAGGCACAGGCUGACAUCCAGAGACAUAUCCGCCUCUGGGGCCUCAGGCUGCAGCUGUACUGCCGGAUGAGAGAGAACUUCCAGAACACAGAGCUCCCUGGCGCUCCCACUCAUGUGUCCAUAGUGGUGACCAGCACGUCCUCCUUGUUCGUGACAAUCAAAGAACCUGAAGGUGACACCAUGGGGCUCAUCACCCGCUACAAAGUGGAGUGGAGCACCUCAGACAGCUUCAAACGCACCCUUGGCACAGCCCAAGUUACAGAGACCAAGAAUCCCUCCUAUAGUGUCAAGGGACUCACAGCAGGAGUGCAUUACUUUGUAAGAGUGAGUGCCUACAAUGUGAAAGGAUGGGGCCCACCACAGUGCUCUACUCCAGUCAGCGCUGCCCCCUCCAGUUGGAGAGAGUGCAUUGGUGUGAAGUCGCAGUUCAGAAACCAUGAGGGCCUGGUGAAGAAACUGCUGGAAGAUGCCAGAGAACCACAUUACAGAGAAUUCUGCAUAGAGACCUCGAAGCCCCAGAGUCCCAGCAAGCGUCUGUCUGUGUCCCGAGGCAUCAAACAACUGUUCCAGUCCGCCACUAAGUUUGUUCGCCUCCUACAAAGGGGCGUGUACUUGGCAACUGUGUUUUACCACAAGGAAAACAUCCUGGUGACAGCUGAAGAUCAAAUCCCACUGGUGGAGAUCCAGUGCUGCUCCACCUCCAUCAUCCAUGACUUCCUCUGGUUUGCCAAGUUGUCCUGUGCAUGGCAACAAGUGCCCUGGCUCCAGCAGGCCCUCUCCUGUGCCCAUUCAUCCCCCUCUUCCCUCCUUCAGAACAGGCACAACAUUUUAAGAGCCGUUUCCCAGCUGCAGUCUUCCCUGGGAACAAUGGACCUGGGCCAGGUGCACUACGAACCCUUAAAAGACCGGCAGGGCAACGUACUACUGGUGACACUGAAGGCGUUUCCAAAUCCUCCGAGCCCCCCUGACCCUCCACUCCACUGGAUGCCCUUGGCCCGCCUGGAAAAGAACCGCAAUAGAACUCCUCUCCUGCCCGAGCCCAACGCCAUGGACUUGCUCUUUCAGCAGCUCAAGGAGAAGCUGUCCCUCCACAGGCAUAGCAUUCAGUGGGGCCAGCCAGGUCUGUACGUGGGCAUCUUAAAACUGUGCAGCUCGUUGGAACAGAUCAGAGUCCUGGUGCCACAGAAGCAGCCCAAUCUGCUCUGCCACACCCGGGUCCGACACAACGCCCACGUGUCCAGAGAGGAGUGGGCGUGGCUCCAGAGUCAUGUUUACACCACGACCAGUGGCAGUGUUCAGAACCUGUUGAACGGCGAGGACGAAACCCUAAUGGAGAGCACUGGGCUGCUGGAGUUGAUCAGGUCUCUGAGAGCAGCAAUCACACAUCUCCUGACAAAGCUCAACAUCCCCCUCUACAGGGCCUACCAGUACGGUGUGUACACUCACGAGCUGCUGCAGUUUGGAGACAAUCUGUCCAUGCUGCUGCUGCUGCCUCCCAGUGAGGACUUCAGCUCCAGUUACUGGCCCCUGCAGGGGACCAAGGAGCCUGGCCUCACGAUGCCUCUGCAGAUCUUUGAGCUGGUUCACUUCUGGACAUAUGAACGGGACUUCCUGUCCCAGUACUGCCAGGCCUGGGUGAGACUGGAGCUGGACACACAUCUGGCCCAGCAGGCUCUGCGGGAGGCGCUGGACACCAAGGAGGUGCUGGAGGCCCGCGAGAGGCUGAACCGCAUCACCGAGCUUUCCCAUCGUCUGGAUGUGGUGUGGAGGGAUGCUCGCUGGAUUAUGGACUGUCUACAGUGCGUUCGGUCCAAGCAGUGGGUGGGGGCAGUGCCUCUGGGUCUGGUGAUGGGAGGCGACCCGCCGCCACGUCCAGAUGGUGAGGAAGAGGAGGAGAGUUUGACUGCCAGACUGACGUGGCCCAAUCGGACACAGGCACAGAGAGCCAUUACAGAGAGUUUAGUCAGUUCGACUCCACCGAAUGUUGUCAGCGCUGAGGUCUCCGCUCCAACAGGAAUCAUGGUGGUCCCCGAAGAGGCAGCCCUGGUGUUGGUGGAGGGCGUCGCGAAGGGAGGGUACCCUGUCGACAUCAGUGCCCAGUCGAGCGCAGAAUUGACAAGCCUUGGUCCGUCGGAUUUGUCUGCAAGUGCUCUAAUUGAAUCUGGACUAGAGCCCGCUGCUGUGGCACAGUUGGAUGCAGGGUUUAUAGUUUUGGACACGCAGGAGUCUUACAGCGGCGAGCAGGACUUCCCUUCCAUCACUGAGGUCAUCCGACCAAUGGAGAUGGCGGAGUUGGUGGACAUCUUGCCUACACUGAGUCUUAUCGAGGAGGAGGCCCCCACCGGUCCACCCACACUGUCGGUAAUUGACGUGCUGGAGAGCUUCGGGCUGGGGAUUGACGAGAACAACACCUUGUUCGACUUAGGUAAUUCCGGCUUGAUCAGCGGAGCUGGGUGUCUCUCGCAACCCGACCUGCACUGCAACGACAGCAAUGUGAGCGAGACAGCCGGUGCGACUAUGGCACUACAAGGACAGGACAUGUCAGCCUUUCAUGCCGUGUUGAGUGCCACUGGUGGGGAUGUGCCGGAGGAUACAGAGACUCAGCUGGCUCCCAUCAAGGGAACCAGCUUUCAAGCGAGGAACCAGGUGGAGUGGGACAGACCGUCCAACAGUUCGUCCUGAUGUCGACUCAACUGACAGCCUACAUUGAACUUUGUGUCAUCAUGAAACUUCUGCAGGCUGCACACCAUUGAUUCAUAGAGGAACAUCUAAGUUAGCUUCUUCUUUUUUUUUUUGCUUUGGAAAAGACUAGUUCCUCAAUCACUAAUGUUGAGUCAGUGUCCACUUGCACAGUUAACAUCAGUGAUUCAUCUAAUGCAUCAUUGCAACUAGAGUAACGCAUGUGGUUUGCACUUUUCUGGACCUGUAGCUGAUAUGUUCUAAUGAUCAGUCCAGUAGAGCUUCUUUUGUGCAUCAAUACAGUUAUAGUAGCAGUUUUUACGACUUGAAAAAUCCAUCAUCUCACUACAGCACAAAGCAAUUUUUACGCCUUUUAGUUAACAAACCUAUUUAAUGCAUACAAUUCCGUAAAAUGGGUGUUGUUGUUGUUGUUGUUGUUUUUUUGCAGUCUUUGAAAAGCUAAUACUGUGGUACUUUGAUUAAAUAAUAACGAAUAAUGAAAAA